AUGGUGUCCAAAUACCACAUAUAUGAUGUUGUCCCUUUUAACAAACCUGAUUCUCCACAUUUCCAAAACAUGUUGACUACAGCUGGAAAUCUAGGUCCUGGUGUAAAGCUUCCUACCUCCUAUGAAAUUCAGACUUGUUACUUAGAGAAUGAGUACACAGAAAUGAAAAGGUAUGUGGAUACUCACAGAGAAACCUGGAAAAUAUAUGGAUGCACUAUCAUGUGUGAUGGAUGGACUGGCCCAACCAAAAUGUCUAUUCUAAAUUUCAUGGUGUAUUCAAAAGGUUCAACUGUGUUUUUGAAGUCUGUAGAUGCUUCACAUAUGAAAAAAAAUGCUCAGUACAUAGAACUAUUGUUAGAUGAGAUUAUCCAAGAUGUUGGACCAGAAAAUGUUGUCCAGAUUGUCACUGACAAUGCAUCAGCAUUUAAAAAGGCCGGAAGGGAACUACAGAAAAAAUGUCCGCUGUUCUGGAUCCGGUGUGCUGCCCACUGCAUCGAUUUGAUAUUUGAAGAUAUUGGGAAGCAAGAGACUGUUUCCACUGUCGUCAAAUGGGCUCAAAGUGUAACUAACUACAUCUACAAUCAUGGUUGGGUACUGGCUGAAAUGAGGAGCAUCACGAAGGGAGAUUUGAUUCGACCGGGUAAAACUCGAUUUGCGACAAAUCACAUUGCCAUCGACAGCAUUUUGAAGAAGAAUCUGAUUUGA